AUGAAUUUUAUCUUUUUGUUUUUUAUUUUAUUUGAGUGAAUAUAUGCUUGAUGUUAUGCUAUGUAUUUUAAUUUACUUCUACUGAUAUUAAUACGACUUAUUUUAUAAUAAAGGUAUAUACUAUUUAUGCGAUUUUAAAGUAAUUUGGAUAAUAUUUUAAUAUAUACAAUGACAAACAGAAUGGGUGGUGAGGAAAGACUUGUUACAGAAGUUCCAAGUAGUUUGAAGCAAUUAGCACGCUUAGUAGUACGUGGAUUUUAUACAAUAGAAGAUGCAUUAAUUGUUGAUAUGUUAGUUAGAAAUCCAUGUAUGAAAGAGGAUGAUAUUUGUGAGCUUUUAAAAUUUGAGAGAAAAAUGUUAAGAGCUAGAAUAUCUACUUUACGUAAUGAUAAAUUUAUACAAGUUAGAUUAAAAAUGGAAACUGGGUCAGAUGGUAAAGCACAAAAAGUUAACUAUUACUUUAUUAAUUAUAAGACUUUUGUAAAUGUAGUCAAAUAUAAGUUAGACUUAAUGAAGAAAAGAAUGGAAACUGAAGAAAGAGAUGCUACUAGUAGAGCUAGUUUUAAAUGUACAAAUUGUUUGAAAACAUUUACUGAUCUUGAAGCAGAUCAGUUAUUUGAUAUGACUACUGGUGAAUUUAGAUGUACAUAUUGUCGUGAGAUAGUGGAAGAAGAUCAAUCUGCCCUUCCAAAAAAAGACUCAAGGCUGUUAUUAGCCAAGUUUAAUGAACAAUUAGAACCUCUUUAUAUUUUAUUAAGGGAGGUAGAAGGUAUAAAGUUAGCUCCUGAAAUACUAGAACCAGAACCAGUUGAUAUAAAUACCAUUAGAGGUAUUGAUACAAGAAAACCAAGUAGCUUAAGAGCACCUGGUGAGCAAUGGUCUGGUGAAGCUACUAGAUCAUCAGGUUUCCUAGUAGAAGAUACCAGAGUAGAUGUUACAAUUGGUGAUGAUACUAUUGAUGAUAGUGCAGCAAAUAGAAGAAAAGAAAGACCAAUUUGGAUGAUGGAAAGUACUGUUAUUAAUUCUGAUUCACAGCCUGAUGGAAUAAGUACACAAGAGAACAUUUUGGAUAAAGCUGCAGCCACUGCCACUAAUACGACUACAACGAAUAACAAGCAGGGUGAAGAUAUUAUGUCUGUAUUAUUGGCUCAUGAAAAGAAAGGAGGAACAAAUGCAACAGCUGCUAUAAAAUCUGUAUUACCUCAAGAAUCUAGUGAUAGUAGCGAUAAUGAAGAAGUCGCUGAAAUGCAGACUAUCGAUACAGGAGAAGUGGAAACUAUGGAUUCGGAAGAUGAUGAUCUUGUUCCAACAGUGACGGUUGCAGGAAAAACAGUUGCUAUUGCGGAUGUAAAUGAUGCAUUAAUUGCAGAAAUGACCCCUGUAGAAAAAGAAGCAUACAUUCAAGCAUAUCAAGAAUAUUAUUCUCAUAUGUAUGACUAGACAGAAUAUGGUCAGCAUUGUUAAGUAAUCAACGAUGCUUCGCAAGACUGAGUGAUUACUGAGAUUCUUGUAAUAUUUUGUAUAGUCAUAAAAUAAACAAUUCUAUGGGUUUGGCAAAAAUUUAUUUUGAUUCAAUUUAAAUAGACAUGUAUGUAUAUAUAAUGAUUUAUAAUGAAAUAUAAAGUAAACAAACCCAUAAAUUCACAUUUUGUAGCUUUUAUAUUUUUUUCUAACGUACAGAUAUAACUCAACAAUGCCAGUUUGUAAUAAACUAACAUGUACAGACACGUUACAAUCAUGAUAAAUAAAAAUUAAUAGCAUA